AUGACGAUAUUGGCGCUCACCGUUUUCAAGCCUAAACAACCCGAGAUCAGUGCCCGACCCGUCGGAGUCGAAAACAUUCAGUACACACUCUUUCCAAAUGUGACGCUAAAUGUGACACUAAGCAUGCUCGUCACGAUAAAUAAUAAGAACUAUGGAAGCUUUAGUUUCAAGAAUGCGACGGCAUAUGUUACUUACCACGACACAGUUGUAGCCUUGGUUCCAAUGGAGCAUGCUUUUGUCCCUGCACGAGGGAAAAUAAACAUUACCACCUCUGUAGAUCUUAUGGGCGACAAGCUGAUCUCAAACCCUCAUUUCAUGGAAGAUGUCACUAGUGGGAUUUUCAAUUUGAUCUCUACUGCUGAUUUACAUGGAAAAGUGACUGUGCUCAAGUUCGUGAAGUUUGGCGCUACGGCUUUUAGCACCUGUGACAUCUCAUUUUCCAUAAAAACCCAGCAAAUCGAUUCUAAAUGCAAAUCCAAACUGAAGAUGUAA